UGCAAACUAAACGCUCAAACAGUUGAACAAGCUUGUUUACUUUGCGCAGUUUGUGUAAGGGGCGUUUAUUUCACUCACUGCAUUCUUGGAGCCAGUGCAAAAGCAUGAUACCACAAGGUCAACACCGUCUGAAAAGUCACUCUCAUGAUGUUUGCUAAGUAAUAAGUCUGUGGAGCAGUCAUGGGUUCCGAGGAGCAGAAGGGCAGACUGCGCGAGCUCUUCCACGCCUGUGAUGUGGAUCAGUCCGGACGCAUCGAGAAAUGGGAGUUCGUCAGAAUAUGCUCCGAGCUGCGCGUGCGAUCCACCGAGAUAGACGCGCUCUUCGCCAGGCUUGACACCGACAAAGACGGCACGAUCAAUCUGGAGGAGUUCAUGGACGGCUUUCAGGAGUCACACUUGUUGAAGGACGAGGAGAUGAGCAGCGAACACGCCGGGGAGAGUUUCUCUGCCGCCUGGGAGGAUUUUAAAGCCCGCCUGGGAGAUCAGCUCAAAUUCAUCCCCAGGAUUGACCAGAUAUCAACUCUGUACCAGAACAUCAGUUUGACGGAGCCCAGAAUCGUCCCUCAGUAUGAAAGAGUUCUUCUCAGUUUUAUCAAAGAGAGCCGAAUACUGAACACAGAAAUGGAACACCUGGCUCUUGCUGUAAAGAGAGCUCAGGAUCAGACGUCUAUACAGCUGAGUGAGAUGGAGGAAGAGAUGGAUCACCGCAUCCACACUGCAGAGACAAACACACGCCUACAGGAGUCUAAAAAAGCCGAGGCGACUCUGAGCAGCAUGAAACACCAGUACGAGUCUCAGAUAUGUGAACUACAACAGAAGAUACAGACUCUGCAGAUGAUCGAAAACCAAAACAGGAGUAUCAGCCUCAAAGAGGAAACUUCAGCACUGAAACGGCAGAACAACGAGUUAUUACUGCAAAACCAGAAGUUGAAACAGGAGCUUUUGGAGUCCCAAACUAAUAUUGCGUUCUUGCAGAGUGAGCUGGACUCUCUCAAAAGUGAUCUCACAGACCAAAGCAUCAACUUUGAACGAGAUGAGGCUCUUAUGAAGUGUUUCUCUGAGGAGAGAGGUAACCUGGAGAGACAGAUCGAGGUGCUUCAGGCAGCGAACAGAAAGCUCCAUGACAGUAAUGACAGUCUGCGUGCGGCGCUGGAGAGCAGUCAGAGCAAGAGUAAGACUCAGCGUGUUAGUGGGAUCUCACCCGAAGUUUACAUGAGCACCAGAAAGAAUGUCUGUUCCUCUUAUUUUGAUCGGUGCUAUAACACCUGUGUGGACGAGGACUUUGAUCAGUUUGGGCUGAUGGAGGGUCUGCGCAGACCGAACUGUGAUUCUCUGGCUCUGGCCCUGUGCGACCCCAUGCGCAGACGUAGCUGUGAGGAAGACAGUCUUCCUGACAGCUGUGUGGACAGCGGCAUGUCUACCCUGCGCUCGAAUAACGGCUACGAUUACGAGCAUGAGAGAACGUCCUGUCCGAGUCCUGUGCAAGCAGAGGACAGCAACACCACUGUGUCUGGAGACACCUCUGAUACAGAGGUUCUGGAAGUGCAAGAAGAGGCUGUGAUUGGGUCAGACAGCGAAUCCAUUCUGAGCUGGACUUCAUCACAACCUGCUCAGAAAAGUGAUUUUACUGCAUCAGGGAAGAAAUGCCUCUCUGCCAUCUUCACAGAGAGAGAGCAGGAUGUGUUGGCAGUGACUCAGCCUCCAUCAGAGAAAGCUUACAGGAUUGUGCUGGCGGGAGACGCUGCGGUGGGAAAGUCUAGCUUCCUCCUUCGCCUCUGUAAGAACGAGUUCAAAGGCAACACUAGCGCCACACUGGGGGUUGAUUUCCAGAUGAAAACCUUGGUGGUGGACGGUGUUCCAACAGUGCUGCAGUUAUGGGACACAGCUGGACAGGAGAGGUUUCGGAGCAUUGCUAAGUCUUACUUCAGGAGGGCCGAUGGAGUUCUCCUACUCUAUGACGUCACGUGUGAGAAGAGCUUUCUGAAUGUGCGCGAAUGGGUCGAUAUCAUUGAGGAUGUGUCCCAGGAUGACAUUCCCAUCAUGCUUGUGGGGAACAAGACAGAUCUGAGGAAGGAAGCUCUUCUGGAUGGAGUAACUUGUAUUCCAACCAGCUACGGAGAAAAACUGGCCAUGACAUACAGUGCCUUAUUCUGUGAGACGAGUGCAAAGGAUGGAUCCAACAUCAUUGAGGCUGUUCUUCAUUUAGCCCGAGAGGUGACGAAGCAUGCUGAUGAGUACAAGGAGCCCGUAUCAGUGGCCAAACUGUCUGGAAAUCACAGCAAAAAGAUGUCCAACCCUAACUGCUGCAUGGGCUGAUGCGUGUUGACGUCACAUGACAAUGCAAGGCUUCUGCACACAGCCAAUCAAAUAUUUAACCAUUCAUCUUUUUAGAUGGGAAAUACCAUUUAGCGAUUGUCUGAGCUGUUCAUUUGACUGUGCUAAGUUUUGUCCUCAGGACUGUCUCUGACUUUGUAUUUUUAAAUGACGAGUCACUUGUUGAAGCAGAUCACGGUGUGUCAUGCGUUGCCUUUAACAGCCCUCAGUUUCACAGCUUCUGUGUUACAGCCAAUUAUUAGUAGCAUAUGGAGUGAACAGACACUCAAACUUACAGAGUUCUUGUAUGCUGCAUUUUGCCUUUAUUUAUUACAUGAAAUCUUCCUUUGGCUUAGUGAAAAUGAAUAAUAGUUUUGUAAUGUGUUACAGGAUCAUUGAAAAGUGUGUGUGUGUGUGUGUGUGUGUGCGUGCGUGCGUGCGUGCUUGCGUGCGUGCGUGUGUGUGUGUGUGUGCGUGUGUGUGGUAUGUGAAAGUUGAUUGAAAUAAUGUGAAAAGUUUGUCAGGUAGGAUAUUAUAAUUGCUUUAUGCAUUUCACAACAGCACUCUUGGCUUUUUAAUGCGCACUACGUAUGUAAUGUUAUAUUCUGUAAUAAACAGUGCACACUUUUUACAAUACAAAUAUUUUCUUGCAAGAAAACAUUUGUUAAAUCACAAUUAUAUGAAUGACCUGUCAGUAACAUUUGAAUCCUAAUGUCUUGUUUGUAUUUUGUCAUGUUUUCAUUUCAAGCUCAUUCACUGUUAUCUAUCAGAAAUGUCUCAUUUAAGAAUGAUGGUUUAAAUUUCAAAUCUUAAGCAAAAAUAAAGAUUACAAAUAAAGUUUUCA